UACACCACAAAGAAAGAAGGCAUUUUGAUAUGACAUUUGAUUUCUGCCUCUGCCACAUCCAUCCAUCACAAUGGCGCAACAUAUUGUUGGAUAUGGGUCCCACCUUCAACUUCACCCCCAGACAUCACCAACAUUCUCUUUCAUAAGUACAACUCCAACAACUCAAUCAACUACUUUCUCUCCGUCCUUCCCAUCCCUUUCAUCUCCACCGUCGAUUUCCAUCUUACGUUCAUCUCCCUCCUCGAUUCCGUUGAACCACGAGGAACCACGGUUACAGAAUCAUGAUCAUCUUUCGUUUCUUAAUCUUCAACCAAUCUGUAGUGAAGACCACUUCGAUCGCGUAGUUGCUGAGGCGCAACUUCGACAACACGCUCUCCUUGUUGUUUGGGUCGCAAAUUGGUGCAGAAAGUGUAUAUAUCUAAAACCGAAAUUGGAAAAGUUGGCAGCAGACUAUUAUCCAAGAUUGCAAUUCUACAGUGUGGAUGUUAAUGCAGUUUCACACAAACUUAUUGCUCGUGCUGGUGUGACCAAAAUGCCAACCAUACAACUAUGGAAAGACAGCAAGAAACAAGCUGAAGUCAUUGGUGGGAAUAAAGCAUAUUUGGUAAUAAAUGAGGUUCAAGAGAUGAUUCAGAAUGAGUUCACCAUGAAUAAUUGUUGAAUAGUUGUGUUAAUGUCAUCUUUCCAUCGAAUAGUUUCUUCUUCCACUUCAAUUUCUGUCAGAUACGGUGCUACUGUGACUCCUGAUGAGAAGAUCUCCAUUUGAGGGCAUUCUUGAACAGUG